GUUUCCAUUUAAUUAAGCAGCUGAGAGGCAUGAGCGUGGUGUUAGUGCUACUUCCCGUGGUGCUGUUUGUUCUGCUCGCCGGGGCUCAGCGAGCGUGCCCCAAGAACUGCAGAUGCGAUGGUAAGAUCGUGUACUGCGAAUCUCACGCGUUCAGAGACAUCCCUCAGAAUAUUUCCGGAGGGUCUCAAGGCUUAUCGUUACGGUACAACAGCAUUCAGAAGCUUAAAUCAAAUCAGUUUGCGGGCCUGAAUCAGCUCAUAUGGCUUUAUCUUGACCAUAAUUACAUCAGCUCCGUGGAUGAGGAUGCAUUUCAGGGGAUCCGCAGGCUGAAGGAAUUAAUUCUAAGCUCCAACAAAAUUACCCAUCUGCACAACAAAACGUUUCACCCGGUCCCCAACCUCCGCAAUCUGGACCUCUCUUACAACAAGUUGCAGGUGUUGCAGUCUGAGCAGUUCAAGGGCCUUCGUAAACUCUUGAUCUUGCAUUUGCGGUCUAACUCGCUGAAAACUGUGCCCAUUCGAGUUUUCCAGGACUGCCGAAACCUUGACUUUCUGGAUUUGGGCUACAACCGCCUGCGGAGCUUAUCCCGUAACGCUUUCGCUGGCCUUUUGAAGUUGACAGAGCUCCACUUGGAGCACAACCAGUUUUCUAAGAUCAAUUUUGCCCACUUUCCACGCCUCUUCAACCUGCGCUCCAUUUAUUUGCAGUGGAAUAGGAUCCGGUCUAUUAGCCAAGGGUUAACGUGGACUUGGAGUUCCUUGCACAACUUGGAUUUAUCAGGAAAUGACAUUACAGGGGUCGAACCUGGGACCUUCCAGUGCCUCCCCAACCUGCAAAAGCUGAACCUGGAUUCCAACAAACUCACCAACAUCUCUCAGGAGACCAUCAAUACAUGGAUCUCGCUCAUCUCCAUCACUCUGUCUGGAAAUAUGUGGGAAUGUACUCGAAGCAUUUGCCCUCUCUUUACUUGGCUUAAGAAUUUCAAGGGAAAUAAAGAAAGCACUAUGAUAUGUGCAGGCCCUAAACAUAUCCAGGGUGAAAAAGUGAGCGACGCUGUGGAAACAUACAAUAUCUGUGCUGAAAUCCAGGUGGUGGUUACUGAAAGAUCAUACCAGCCACCCAAAACCCCCCAGAGACCCGUCUUCAUUCCCAAACCUACCGUCUCCAAACUUGAAAGCUAUCAGCCAACGUUGGUGAUGCCGAGCCCUUCUGCAGAGCUCCCAACGCCUGCAGUGGAACCAGAGUACGAGCACGUUUCCUUUCACAAAAUAAUUGCUGGGAGCGUGGCCCUCUUUCUUUCCGUGGCCAUGAUUUUGUUGGUUAUCUACGUCUCGUGGAAGCGCUAUCCGGCCAGCAUGAAACAGCUCCAGCAGCACUCUCUGAUGAAGAGGCGCAGGAAAAAGGCCCGCGAGUCUGAAAGGCAAAUGAACUCCCCUUUACAGGAGUAUUACGUGGACUACAAGCCAACAAACUCUGAGACCAUGGAUGUAUCGGUUAAUGGAUCUGGGCCCUGCACGUAUACCAUCUCUGGCUCCAGGGAAUGCGAGGUAUGA